AGCAGCACAGCCCCUCCAUCACUCCUCAUUCCCUCACUCACUCACCAACUCUCAAUAGUCUUCAUUGUUCAUAUAUACUUCACUGUCCAAUCUACUUUAAACAUGCAUUACCAAACAGAGUCUUGGGGUUCCUACUUGGCAACAACAAGGAGUGUAAAUGGUAGUGAUCCGCUCGAGCGCAUAGAGAGGUUGGCAUCAGAGAAUGCUGUAGUUAUAUUCAGCAUUAGCACUUGUUGCAUGUGCCACGCCAUCAAGCGCCUCUUCUGCGGCAUGGGUGUUAACCCUACUGUUUACGAGCUCGACGAAGAUCCCAUCAGAGGCAAAGACAUCGAGAAGGCCCUCAUGAGCCUUCUCGGAACCUCCUCCGCCGUCCCUGUCGUCUUCAUCGGCGGCAAACUCGUUGGAGCUAUGGACAGAGUCAUGGCCUCUCACAUCAAUGGCUCUCUUGUCCCACUCCUCAAGCAGGCCGGAGCUCUCUGGCUUUGACCUCUCCUUCUCUCUCUCUCUCUCUUCUUAUAGUUUUAACAGUUCUGCUACAAAUACAGAAAUUGAUCACAAAAGCAAAUUCAGAACACAUUUAAAUGGAAAAAAAAUUAUCAGUUUAUAUCCAUUCUGUUUUUGAUUUUGUGACCGAUUUCUAUAUUAGUAGACUUAUUCAUGGUUUUAGAGAUGAUAACACAAAAAUUGAUCGCAGAACUGGAUACGAUACUUUCAUAUGAGUUGGGUCUCACUUUUUUUGUGAGUCUUAAACCGAUGUGAGAAAGUAAUGUCCGAUUUUAUGAUUGAUUUAUGUGUAAGUAUAAGAACUGUUAAGCAGAGAGAGCAAGGGAACUUACUAGAAUGAAAAGGAGUUAGGAGAAGAGGAAGAGGAGUGGGUUUCUUGCUCUGUCAUUUUGGACGCAGUACUAUUGACUAAUGUUUUUGUGUUUUUGUUUUGUUUUUAUUUUUGCGAUCCAGUUGGGUCUGCAGUUGUUGCUUUGUUUUGCUUUUUCUAAUCUAACCGAUGUGAACCGCGGACAGAAAGAAAUGUAAUGUGCUCCCUCCUUUGUAUAGAAAGCUAGAAAUUAAACCAAAAAAAAAUUAUUGUUAACUUAUUUGCCA